AUGCAAAUUCAAGGGUUUUCAUUCACUUCGGAAUUCUGGGAGUACGCACAGCUAACCAACGGAGGUAGGCCAGUAUGCUCUUCAAAAGAAAGAAGCCUGUUUCUCACAGCAAAUGUUGGUUUGUAUUUAGGAAACUCGAAAAUUGAGAACUAUCAAAACGGCCGUCUCUAUUUAACAAAUCUGCGUCUCAUCUAUGUUCCUUAUCAACCCAAUGAGGCUCUUGAGAAGAAGAUUGGCUUGUCAUUAAAUUUGGCUUAUAUAGAAAACGUUCAAUUUCAGGCAGGAUUCAUGAGAUCAAGUCCAAAGAUUCUUUUGAUCUUGACUCAAAUAUCUCCAGAUCUCGAACAAGAAACCCUUCAUAAAACUCUAAAUUGGGACUGUCCCAUAUGUUUUCAAUCGAACAAAUGUGAUCUAAAGGUGGGAUCUAGGUUUAAUGUUCCAAAAUGUGAGGUUUGCGGAGUCAGCGCCAACGUCGACGAGCUUAAUAAGCUUAAAGUUGAAAAGCAAAUUAUAUCUCGAUCGAAAACAAACAAGGGUGAUACGAAUAUCAUACCCAAUUCAGUGAACCGCACAAACAAUGCCGCCAAUAAGUUGAAAUUGCAUGAAGGUAAGAAGCCAAAUUCACUAAAAGAUGAUUUAUCAAAUGAGAUAUCAUUGAGCUCGAAACCUGUUUUUUGCAUGUCGGUCAAAACCGAUGCUACAGACCGAUUUUGUUUCAAGUUAAGCUUCAGAGAUGGAGGCGCUCGAAUUUUCUAUGACAAGCUAAAGUUUGCUCUCGGACAAGCCAAAUGGUUACGUGCAGAUUCAAAACUUCAAGUCAAUGCUGGUGCUUUGAGGGUAGCACGAAAUUUCUCAGCAACUGACGCCGAUAUUCAAUCGAUACCAUCAAACGUGAAUUCAAAGCUAAAUUUUGACUCCACUGAAAAACGAGCUGGUAUUCAUGGGCUGGAAACGUUGACUUCUUUAAGGAAUACUGAAGUUUCCACGUUUCUCAAUAGCUCGCUUAGAGACCUACAAAACUUGAUGGAUAAAAGCAAGGAUUUGGCAAAGAUUGGAGACGACUAUAGGCGAAUGCUGAUGAGUAGUAAAAUAUUAGAUGAAGAAGUCGGUCAAGCAGUCGAGCUUCUCUCGCGAUCCAGAAAUUCAUUGAAGCUACUCGGAAACCUACUCAAUGACCGUGAAAGUAUUAAUGAAGCUAAUGAUUUCUAUACUGUCGAGUCACUCAACUUGCUUAAGCAAACUGGUGGUGCAGAAGCUGGAUCUUCUCUUUACGUGGAAGAGCUUUCUCGACAACUGUAUGACUUUAUCAUUGAAGAGAAUAUAAUUGGAGACAAGAACGGUUUAAUCACGGCGCUUGAUCUCUACUGUCUCUUCAAUAAAAGAAAAGGAUUUUAUUCAAUAUCUCCUCGCAAUUUCCUUCUGGCAAUAAUUUCGCUUGAACGAUUAAAUCCUGAUUUGCAACUCAUUGAGUUAAAGUUACAGUCUCUUCAAAAGAUAGAGAGAGGAACAGCUAGGGAGAUACCAGAAAAAGCUCGCUCACUCUAUGCUAUCUGCUCCUCCACGAUGAAUGCAAAGUCCAUUUCGAGGUCAGUUUUAGAUGUUCUAGAGUCUGUCAAGUUUGAAGGCUAUUCUGCUCUGGAGUUUCAGGGCAUGUGUUCUUUACAGACCAAUUUGCUUUUACUUCAAUCUGUCUUGAACGCAUUGACUAAAGACGGUGUUCUGUGUGUUGAUUCAACACUACAAGGUGAAAAAUAUUAUAAGAACGAAAUUUUUCACUUUGAGGCUCAAAGCUGA